UCAAAUCUAAAAUUCCCUUUAAAAAUGCGGAACCGGUACACUCAAAUUUGGUCCAUUUUAUUCGCAUUUUUCCUGUGUUUUGAUCAUUUUUCUGUUAUUUGUAAACGUUCUGGAAUAUUUGGAAGUAGAGGAGGUUCUUCUAGAAAUGGGCAUGGUUAUUCGUCAGGAAUUGGGCGAAGCCGUUAUCCUUCCUCACAUACUAAUUAUGGGGGUUCUGGCCGGAGAAGUAUAACAGAUAGAUUACUUGGCAGAAAUAAAGGAGGGGGAUAUGGGGGUCAUAGAAACCGUGGAGUUAUGGUUGGAGCGGCUGGUGGUGGAUUACUUGGCCAUGGCACAAGGAAGAGUGGUGGAUUCUUGGGUGGAGGCGGAAAUAAGUAUCGAAGUAGCGGUAUAGGGUCCCGUUCCCGUGCUGGAACCUUCAAAAACAUGUUAGUUGGUGCAGCUGGUGGAUUUCUUGCUUACAAAGCAGGAAAAGCAAUCAUCAAGAAUGUGGCACGGCCUAUGAUGUGGAAUAAUCGGCCUUACUAUUGGGGCUCUCAAUACCAUCCUUCAUAUCAGGGUGGAGGGUAUGGAGGUGGAUAUGGAGGCGGAUAUGGUGGCGGUGGGGGUGGAUACGGGGCUGCUCCUUCUAAAACAAUGUGCAGAAUGGCAAUUGAGCCUGAUGAUCCAGUUUUGGGACAAGUUUACAUGUCAGACAAUACAAGACCAAAGGAAAUUGUUUGGACUUGUGAGAUCCAUGAGGAAUGUUGUGGAUAUGAAUGCUGUCCUCGAUAUUAG